GCGUGGCAAAUCCGUAUUCCUACGUUAUGGUAUGCUCCGCGGGCCAACACUACGCGACUUGCUUCGCUGCAUCCAGCGACAUCUACCUCCAGGACGGGUGCCAUACUACAUUACCGGUGCCAUCUCGGCGGAAGACGUUCCAGCCGCCGAUGAGGUCGGGCAUGCCGAAGACAUGGAGGGGGGCGGGGAGACUGGCACAGUUGUACUCAAAGACGAUGACGACAUAGAGGCGUGGUGGUGGAUCUCCGCGGCAAGGCCAAUGGAGGUCCAGGUCGUGCUCGACUCUCCGACCGAUCCGGCCGGGGACAUGGCGCAGAUCUUGGGUGUCGAGGCUGUCAAUGGCGUUGGCGUCAAGAGGCCCCGUGUUGAUGUGGGUGUCUGGGAGGAGAAGAGUCGGGUAGUCCCGUGGCUAGGGCUUUGCAUUUCCGAUAUUUCGCACCGUUUCUCAUUUGUGGGCGUUCUUUGGGGGUUGGGGUUAGGGUUGGUCGGAUUGGAUUGGAUCGGUUGGUUGGCUGGCAUGGUGCUCAAGAGGCAACGUGGGGGGUAGAAUGCAUUUCGUCUUUCCUUCUUUUUCUUCUUCUUCUUCUUUGCUUGUCUCUCUCGAUAUCUCUGUCUUUGUUUUUCUUUGGCAUCUGAAGCUGCGAGAAGUCUGGUCUGGUUCUGCUCUGGUUCUACUCUUUUUAUUUGUUGUGUUCCCCUUUGUUUAAUUUUGUGUUCUGGUCCGGUC